CGUGCAUCGGAAAGUUAGAUUUAGGUAAGGUAUUACCCCAUUGUUUGGACUUGGGGAAAUUUCCCGACGAUGAAAAGACCCCGCGGUCAAAGCGACAAUCGGUGAGUGAGCGGGAUCUCGUAGGAUUCGAAGGUGACAUCAUGUAUCACGACGGGAUCCUGGAAAUUAAUUUGACCUCGCGACAUGGUACUUAAGAGGGGAUUUAUCCUUUUCGGAUCGUCGUUGGAGGGGUGAAUGAAUGGUCGUCGUUGCGUUGCCGAUUGGCGACACGGACUGUCGACAACGGUGCAUGUCGCCUUGGGGAGAGUGUUGGCUUCCCUACCCGCGAUAUGCGUUCAUACAUCGUCUCUGGAUGUCGGAAUCGAACGAAGGCAUGGAAGAAGACGUGUGAUGUCGUGUGAAGGCAUCGCAUCACUGUCUUUGACUGACGGUCCAACGAGCACACUCAUCUCUCGCCCAACUUCCUUGCCAACCCUUCCUCUCCUUCUCCCACCAACAGCGUCAUGCCCAGCGCUCCUUGCUCGCUCUGCCGCUGCUGUUUCUUCAUCUGCUUCUCUGCCUUCUUCCUCGCUUUCUCGAGCUCCUUUGCCGUCCGCUUGUCAGGCACUGGGUAGUAGUAUAGGCGGCCCGCGUCGUAGUAUUGCGGACCGACUGGCGUGGGAGGCUUCUCUGAUGAUCGCGAGAAACAACUACCCAUGUUUUAUCUUCUUCCUUCAAAUCCUUUUUGAGAAAGUAACAAGAUUAGCGUCAACUGUGUUGUUGAAUGGCUGAACUAUAAUUUGCAAAUUCCUAUCUCCAAGUCAAAGAACUUCACGAUACAACCCAGCGGUGGAGACGAAGUCGCAUAUACAUAUGGGCAUCGUCCCCCUUCGUUUGCCGGAACAAACGUCCAACCCAAGAAAUGGUACGCGCGUUGUUACGGGCAGACGGCAUACGAUGCCCCACAC